GGAAACGGCGGCUGUUUGUCAGUUCGACGCAUACCAUUUGGUGUCUGUGCGAAAGAGCUCUCUUCGUCUUUCUUUUUUUUUUUCCCCAUCGUUGUCACAUAUCACACCGCAACUCCGCUGCUUUCGAGAUGAGCAUGGAAGCGAAGAUUGUGGUAUGCCUUCAUGACAUGAAGGCCCCUCGCCAGCCCACCGCCCUCCGAGCGUCCGGCAACGGCGUGUCCUUCACGUGCCCCCCGGUGCUGAAGGAGGCAAACUUCCCAGCCAGCGACACCACCUUCAACGUGGAGCAGCUGCUGGAGCGGCCAACGGCGAGCAAUGUUCAGCAGCGCGCCAUGACGAACUUCGCUUCGGACUUCGUGAAGAAUCGCCAGAACGUUGUCGCCUUCGGCUACGGCGUGCGCUCUACCCCGAAGCGGCAGCUGAUGUUCGGAUCGCGGUCUGAGGAGGGCUACGCGUGCAAGGUGAUGAGUGAUGCCGUCAGCGGUGGCAAGGGCAUCUUCUCCAUCUCCUGCUUCGUCAUUGGGAUGGACGAGCACCUCCCCGACCUCAUCAAGGCCGACAACGAGUUGGGCUGCAUCGUGGAGUCGGUGAAGGAGGGCCCGCGGGUGCGCAUGGUGGAGCGCGCGAGGGUGACCUCCGCUGCGGAUGUGCGCAACGUCCUGGCGAAGAUCGCACAGAACUGCGAGAAGUACUUCGAGGCGGUGCUGCCGGAGAAACAGCCAACGGCGGAGCUACAGGCCCUUCCGCCCUACAAAGGGGAGUCCGUCAUGCUGCAACUCUUCCGCUACGAGUCGGAGGAGACGUUCACCGACUACGACGAGGCGAACUCCAUGACCUUUGUGGCGCUCGGCGAUGCGGAGCGGCCGGUGCUGUGCGGCCUCGAUCCGGCCCAACAAGAGGUCUUUGAGAAGACUCACCGUGUGCUGGUCUCCGCCGCCGGCAUCGUGUCCAGCAUCAAGUGCAGCCGCCUGCGCAUCCCCUUUGGCAAGUCGAAGAUGAGUCAGCUGAUGCGCCGGUGCUACAACGCCGAGAAGGGCAACCCAAACAACGCCGUCAACGGCCCCACCAACACCAUCAUGCUCAUCCACUGCUUCACGGACGGCGACUGGGCGGAGGAGAGCUACCACAACCUCUCGAUGAUUCGCCGCAUCUGUAAUACGCUCGGCUCCUCCGGCAUUGGCUCGAUGCUGCGCGAUUUGCCGGUGGAGAAGUGGCGUCUGGACCAAGACAUCUUUGAGCUGCGGGACGAGCUGGUCAUUGCACGCACCGUGUACGACUACAAGCCCUGCAUCUACGAGUCCACCAAGAACAUCACCAACAUCAAGGAGGAGGAGGAGAAGCGCAUCGACGCCAUCCAGUCGAAGCGCGAAGAGGCACGUGAGAAGCAGCUGAACGCCAUUCGCUUGCGCGCCAAGGAGGAGGCGGCGAAGACGAUCAAGGAGCAGGAAAUGAAGUGCGGCACCACGCUGGCCGCGCUGGAGAAGACGCUGGAGACGAAGAAGCGCGAGAACAGCUCGCUGCAGACCGAGCGCGACAACCUCACCCGCGACUACGAGCAGGCGCUGGAGAAGAUCCGCCGCAAGAAGGAAGAGGAGGAGGCCGCGGUCACCCGCCUGCGAGAGGAGAUGUCGCAGCUGGAGGAGGAUCUCGUGAAGCGGCAGUCCGCCAUCCAGGCGAAGCAGAAGCAGCUUGAAAUGGCGAAGCUGGACAAGGCGAAGGGCCGCGAGGCGAUUCUGCGUGAACGCGGCAACGUGGAGGCCAUUCGCAAGUCCGUCCUGGCCGAGCGCCGCCACCAGCGGGAGCAGUGGAUCAAGCAGAUCAAGGACAUCAACGAGAAGGUACUGGAGCAGCUCACGUCGAUCGCCGAGGAGCGCAAACAGAACGGCGAGGCGGUCUCGGCGAAGGAGGAGGCCUCCGAGAAGGCGGUCGUUGAGGACAUCAAGACCAUCGAGGACUACUUACCGAAACUCAUCUCCCUCGAAGACAUCCCCGUCAACCCAGAGGAGACGGAGAACAUUCGCCGCCAGUUCGACGAGGUCUUUGCACAGGAAAAGCAGACUUACCUGACGAAGAUCGAGGAGGAGAAGACGCGCAAGGAGAAGCUGGAGAAGGGACUGGAGGCAUACCGCAACCGCGUGCUGGAGGUGGCACAGGCCAAGAAGAAGGAGAACUUGCAAGACGCCGUGAAGAAGGAGCAGCAGCUCGGCUCGUUGGUGGAGCAAGUGCUCACCUACCUGCGCCACGGCGUAAAGAUGACGAAGGUGUCCAGCAAGAGCCACCUGCGCCGUCGCUUCUACUUCAUCUCCGAGGACGGCAAGCGCAUCCACUCCUGCGAGCUGGACAAUCAAGGGGCGCCGAUCAACCGCCGCAAGCCACCGGUGACCAUCCAAUUGCGUGACAUUCGCAAGGUGGUGCUCGGCGUGUACAGCGAGUCCUUUGUCUCCUUCAGCUCGGAGGCGCAGCUGGCGAAGGCCCGCGCGGAGGCCGUCACCGACAACGGCACCUACCGCCACGACCCGACGCAGAACAUCACACCGGGCAACAUCGGCCUCAACAACUAUCGCGCCUUUGCCCUCAUCCUGCGCGGCGGCAAGACUCUGGAGGUGAUCUGCGACUCGGACACGGAUUGUGAGGCGUGGAUGGUUGGCCUGCGGCGUCUGCUGGGCAUUAAGACGCCGACUGAGCGCCUGCUCGAGCAGCGCACGGAGGUGAACCGCGCCCACGACCCACCGGCGGGUGAGCAAGACGUGGAGAUGAAGUAUGGAGGCCAGCUGGACGUGCGCAACAUGCGCGGCUUCAUCUCACUCUCGGCUGAGGAGGCCAUCGUGUGCAGCGAGAACCACAUCCCUCCCGUACUGUUCUUGCGCGUGAAGCAGGAGAUGGUCGACAAGUCGCACACCACCUCCAUCACCGUGUACGACGUUCGCGUUUCCUCCGGUCUUGACCUGGUGCGCUCGGGCUGCAUUUACAACUACCUGGUGCAGCGCCGUCUCAUCCCUCUGCCGUUUUAG